ACUUAGCGGACUUUCUUUCCUCUACUGAAAAGUCAAUCAGCUGUGGGUCGGUCAGCGGAGUUUUAAAUAUUCGUUUCCUUACCUCCAUAUUGGAUAAAGUUAUAUCCAAACAUGUCCACCAACAGUAUGGCUGACCCAAGGAGACAAAAUAAGAUUUUAAGGUACAAGCCCCCCAGCACAGAGACCAACCCCACACUAGAGGACCCCACUCCUGACUACAUGAACCUGCUCGGCAUGAUCUUCAGCAUGUGUGGUCUCAUGCUUAAGCUGAAGUGGUGCGCCUGGAUCGCAGUCUACUGUUCUUUCAUCAGCUUUGCAAACUCCAGAAGUUCAGAAGACACCAAACAAAUGAUGAGCAGCUUUAUGCUUUCUAUCUCAGCAGUGGUGAUGUCUUACCUCCAGAAUCCACAGCCGAUGUCUCCCCCAUGGUAACAAAGGGCCAAUCACAGAAGAAAGCAGAAGCUGGAAGUUGUCUCCACCUCCACUUAAAAAAUUAGUCAUCUGUGAACAACAAUCGCAGAAAAGAAAAUAUGUUGUUUUUCUGUUUUAACCUUGUAAGACUUUCUUUUUUAUUUUCUAAUGAAAUCUUUGGAAGAUUACAGAUUAGAUUGUUGCAUCUGCUCUAAAUAAACUGUCUGAUUAUAUAAAGAACUACCCUCUUUAUAUAAUCAGUCCACUUGUACCUAAUGUUAUGUUAUGGAAGUUUCAAUAAAUUUCUGAGCUUUUGUGUGACAAGG